AAAAUCGUAAUAUUAGGUAAUUUACAUCGUAAUAUUAGCUGAGAAAGCAUUAGAAUCCUCUCUAAACUGAAUACGUAAAAUACGGCUUUCGUUGACCACCCUGUCAGGCUCGCCGACACUGGGCUUCUCUUUUUGGGGUCCACAACUUCUUUGUACAAGUCCACAGCCCCUUAUUUUAAAGCUCCGAGGCUAGAUGUGUUCACAAUCCCGAAUUUCUAGGAUUCUCGAAAGUUCCCGCACACAUGCAGGGCAGCACCCGGAGAGCGGGCGUCAUGACCGACGUCCACCGGCGCUUCCUGCAGUUGCUGAUGACCCACGGCGUGCUGGAGGAGUGCGACAUCAAGCGCUUGCAGAGGCACUGCUACAAGGUCCAUGACCGCAACGCUCCUGUCGAGAAGUUGGAGGACUUCAUCAACAACAUUAACAGUGUCCUGGAGUCUUUGUACAUUGAGAUAAAGAAGGGAGUCACAGAAGACGAUGGGAGACCCAUCUACGCGCUGGUGAACCUUGCAACGACUUCAGUGUCCAAAAUGGCCUCAGACUUUGCAGAGAAUGAGCUGGAUCUGUUUAGAAAGGCCCUGGAACUCAUUAUCGACUCCGAAAGCGGCUUCGCGUCUUCCACAAAUAUCUUGAACCUGGUCGAUCAGCUCAAAGGCAAGAAGAUGAGGAAGAAGGAAGCCGAGCAAGUGCUGCAGAAGUUUGUACAAAACAAAUGGCUCAUUGAGAAGGAAGGGGAGUUCACCCUGCACGGCCGCGCCAUCCUGGAGAUGGAGCAGUACAUCCGGGAGGUGUACCCCGACGCCGUGAAGGUCUGCAACAUCUGCCACGGCCUCCUCAUCCAGGGUCAAAGCUGCGAGACGUGUGGGAUCAGGAUGCACUUGCCUUGUGUGGCCAAGUACUUCCAGUCCAACGUGGAGCCGCGCUGCCCACACUGUAACGACUACUGGCCCCACGAGAUACCAGAAGUCUUCGACCCCGAGAAGGAGAGGGAGGCUGGUGUCUCCAAAUCGAACAAAAGGUCCUCACGAUCCAGGCAGCACUAGGUGGCCACCGCCUUCACGGGGUGACCGACUGGCCGGCGCGUUUGGAAGAGAAGCAUCAGUUGCGCAUUUUACAUGCAUCGCCUCCUUUGUCUUUCGCACUCACUUGUUAACGGGUUUGGAAUAAACUUAAAAGAGCAGCA